GGCUCAGUGGUUCCGCAUGACGCUAACACGAGGUCAUAUGUUACUGCUCAGUGAACCAUACCGGACUGAAUCUUCACCCAGCAAAGAGGGACACAGUUCGCCAAAAGCAGUUCAAAAUGAGAUAUUGUUUCGCAUUGAUUCGUAAACCAUCCUAUUUCUAUUUUCUUCUGCACAACAGAAACCCUAGAAAAACCCUAACCUUGCGACCCACAUCAAUGGAUUGGACCUGUUCAAAAUGCACAUUCAUCAAUCCUCCAUCACAGAAAUCAACGUGCCAGAUCUGCUUAUCAUCGACACCACAACCACCUUUAUUAGCAUCGUCUUCACCAUCUUCUUCUUCAUCCUCGCCACCAACGCCCAAAUGGUCCUGCAAAGCCUGCACUUUUCUGAACCCAUAUCGCAACACAAACUGCGAAAUCUGCGGUACCAGAGCCUCGGCCUCGUCACUGACGAGCCUUGAAGACGAUGAGUUGGACGAUCCUUGCGUUGGGUCUGUUUUCUUGCCCUUACAGCCCUGUAAGAGGAAAAUUCGAGAGCAGCAAAUUGAGCCUGUUGAUGAUACUAAGAGGAAAAAUCGAGAACAACAGAUUGAGGUGGUUGAUGAUAUUGUGGAAUUGAGUGGGUUUCGUGAUAUUAAGUCGUCUAAUAAGGCGGUUAAACUGUCUGGUGAAACUUACUCAGGCGCAGACAUUAGAUCAUUGAAGAUUUUGAGUUAUAAUGUUUGGUUCCGAGAAGACCUGGAGAUGCAUAAGAGGAUGAAAGCUCUGGGUGACCUUAUUCAACUACAUUCCCCAGAUCUGAUAUGUUUCCAGGAGGUUACUUCCAAUAUCUAUGACAUUUUUCAACAGUCCAGCUGGUGGAAGGUAUACAGUUGCUCGGUUUCAAGUGAGAUGGCAUUCACAAGACCAUACUUCUGCAUGCAGCUAAGUAAACUGCCAGUGAAAUCCUAUAACUGUAAACCCUUUCGCAAUUCUGCAAUGGGAAGAGAACUUUGUGUUGCUGAGGUUGAAGUUCAGACAGACAUGCCAUUGGUUGUUGGCACUAGCCACCUUGAGAGUCCCUGCCCAGGUCCUCCCAAGUGGGAUCAGAUGUACAGCAAGGAACGUGUUGAUCAGGCAAAGGAGGCCUUGAACUUCCUAAAGAAAAAUCCAAAUGUGAUAUUUUGUGGUGAUAUGAACUGGGAUGAUAGGUUGGAUGGUCAAUAUCCGUUACCUGAUGGAUGGAUUGAUGCUUGGUUAAAGCUGAGGCCAGCAGAAAAUGGAUGGACAUAUGAUACUAAGUCCAACAAGAUGUUGACCGGAAACCGUACUCUGCAAAAGCGACUGGAUAGAUUUUUAUGCAAUUUGCAUGAUUUCAAGAUAACUGGAAUAGACAUGAUUGGGAUGGAGGCAAUACCAGGUGUGUCAUAUUGCAAGGAGAAGAAAAUGAAAAAAGAGGUUCAGAAAUUGGUGCUCCCUGUUUUGCCUAGUGAUCACUAUGGCUUGCUAUUAACAAUCCAUCCGCUGUAGUGUCCAGCCUAGCGAUUGUAUUUGAGAACGGUGAAUUGUCAAUUGCCUUUUGUUGUCUUUCAAUGCUAUGAUUAUGAUACUUGAUGUGCCGUUUUCUAAAAAUGAUGGACGAAAUGAUGUAAAGGGCUUGCGACUUUUAGUGGAGCUAUGUAAAUCCACAUUUUUGUAUCAAACUUUUUCUAUCAACGUGGCGUACUCCUUCGGUUGCAUCA